GCAAACUUAGCAUGCUGAGACAUGGAGUGCGCUACAGAACGCCCAAUUUCGUCGAAACGCAAAGGAUCGCAUGCGUGUUUGACCAGUUCCCGAAGUGGCUGCUGCGUGGCGACCAUGGCCUCGGAUCCAGGGACUUCCACGCAGGCAAAAAUCAAUGCUUCCUGACGCGACAUUUCAUCGUGUUGGAACUAUGCUACGCUGGAAAACCACUAUCACGGAUAACGCUGCGCAGUGCAGUGCAAGGCCGGAGCCUCGUGUUGCAGGCAUCGUGCUGCUUGGCGGUGGCUGAACGAGCCCUGGGCUUCCGGCACCUUGGCGUGAACCCUGACAAGCUGCUGGUGACGGCGACCGAUGCGGCCAGCCUCGAGUACCACCUGCCGGACAGGUCACCGCUGACCAUCGACAGCGCGGGCCUCAGAGUGCACGUGGCUGGUUGCUUGUCCUUUGCGCUUGGACCAGGCAAGGCAGCUUUGCAUGUGUACUGUUUUACGCCGAUAGCUGUUGUUCGAUUUCGCUCUGUUAGAAAACCUUGGCGUUUGCGGUGGGCUUUGGCAUCCUAA